AUGGCUCAAUACGGUCUACUAGAAGUAUACAAUGGAGAAAAUGCGCAAGCCGACAUUGUCUUUUUACAUGGAUUGCGGGGAGAUCGAGAAAAAACCUGGACAAAGAAUGGAGUCGUCUGGCCAAAAGAUCUAUUAUCAAAUGAUAUUCCCGCAACUCGCAUCUUUCUCUUUGGCUAUGACACCAAUAUCACUAGUGCCGGUCAGUCGGGUGUUACCAAGACUGAAAUCCAUAGUGAUGCCGAGGACGUGUGUGCGAAGCUGGCAGCAGAACGAUUAAGCACACAAACCGUGGACCGACCAAUAAUCUUCGUUGCUCACAGCCUCGGCGGUCUAGUUGCUGCUCAGAUUCUGGUUCAUGGGGAGCAUAAACCUGAGAACUCGGCAGAAGCGUGGAUCGCUAAGAAUGUCCGUGGCAUAAUAUUCUUGGGAACACCGUUCCGAGGAUCCUCAGUGGCGAAGCCCGCUGAAGUUGUCCGCAGAGUUCUUGACUUUUUCGGGGUCGACACACAGCAGCAAACUUUGAAGCUUCUGGGGGUUGACUCCGAGCGCCUUGAUGAACUCACAAGAGCGUUUCCGCAGGUUCUCAAUAAGCGCAGAUCCUCCAAAAAUAUCGACCGCAGGAUCGAAGCUUUUUUCUUCUAUGAGACUCUAAAGACAAGCUGGGGUAUAGGAUCGGUACAGAUCGUUGAAACCGAAUCCGCUCAACUUCAUGGUUGUGGUGAUGCCGCACCUAUUCGCGCUGAUCAUAUUGGUAUCUGCAAGUUCGAGACAAAGGAUGCUGACGGCUAUGUUACUGUUGUGGCGGCAAUUCGGAAAGCCAUGAUACCACCAGGCAUAUCCCCAUCAAAUGGUGGCAGGAUCAUCAAUAUCCUUGGGAAGGCUGUAAAUGUCGCCAACGAUAGCAUCAGUAUUGGGAGCCAAGUGAACAAUCUGUAGUGGCACCCUCUGUUAUAAAUUCAUUAACUACCA